AUGAACCUGUGUCAAUGCCUGGUCCCAUCCUUCUCAUGCUCAGCCUCAAGGAAGAAAACCGAAAAGCACAGCCUCAAAAUCCACCGCCACAACAAACCAAACUCCCCUUACCCCAAAUCAUCCCCGACCCCACUCCUACCCGCCCGGAAAACCCAACCCGAAUCCAGAACCCACGCCCUCGAUGCCGUCGUCAACCAACUCGAAGCUGCAGCCAGCAACGGCAUCGUCCUCAACGACCCCCAAACCUUCGCCUCCCUCCUCGAAACCUGCUUCCGCCUGAAAUCCCUUCACCACGGUCUCAGGAUCCACAAGCUCAUACCCGAAACUCUCCUCCGCAAGAACGAGGGCGUAGCCUCCAAGCUCCUCCGCCUCUACGCCAGCACGGGCCAACUCGAGAAUGCACACGAGAUGUUCGACCAAAUGCCCGACCGAAGCACCUUCGUAUGGAACUCCCUCAUCUCGGGAUACACGGACGCCGGCUCGCACGAGGACGCCCUGGCUCUCUACUUCCAGAUGGCUGAGGAGGGAGUGUGCCCCGACCAGCACACUUUUCCCCGGGCUCUCAAAGCGUGCGGAGGGCUCGGUUCGGUUCGGGUCGGGGAAGAAAUCCACCGCCACGUCAUCAAAUUGGGUUUCUCGAAAAACGCGUUCGUGGCGAACGCGCUCGUCGACAUGUACGCAAAGUGCGGCAACAUUUCCCGAGCGAGGAGGGUUUUCGACGCGAUCGAGUGGAAAGAGUUGGUUACGUGGAACUCGAUGAUCAACGGGUAUCUAAAGCACGGACUAGUUUCGAAAGCGUGGUCCGUGUUGCGGAAGAUGGUGGAGGAAGGAUGUGAGCCCGACCCGGUCACAAUGUCUGCUGUCCUCACGGGCGGGCCCCACUAUCGAAUCGGGACGCAAAUCCACGGUUGGGCCGUGCGUAGGGGGUUGGAUUGGGAUUUGUCGGUGGCGAAUUCGUUGAUCGUUUUCUACUCGGGCCGGAGAAUUUCGGGACGGGCGAGAUGGUUGUUCGAGCGCAUGCCGAAAAAGGACGUCGUGUCUUGGAAUUCCGUGAUCUCGGCACACACGAACGAUCAGUUGGCCCUUGAGUACUUCAAUCGGAUGACGGAAUAUUCCGACGUGUCUCCCGACGGAAUCACGUUCGUGUCUUUAUUGUCCGCAUGCGCUCGUCUCGGGAAGGUGAGGGAAGGGGAGAGGAUCUUCUCGGAAAUGGAAGAGAAGUACGGUGUGCGUCCGUGCGCGGAGCAUUAUGCGUGCAUGGUGAAUCUAUACGGGAGGGCGGGUUUGAUCGGCGAGGCGUACGAGUUUAUAGUGGAAAAGAUGGGAGACGAGGAGGCGGGGCCCACUGCAUGGGGAGCUCUGCUCUACGGAUGUUACCUUCACGGGGAUGCGGAUGUCGGGGGCAUUGCGGGGGCCCGAUUGUUUGAGCUGGAGCCCGACGUGGAGCGUAAUUUCGAGCUUCUAAUCGAGAUUUACCGCGAGGCGGGGCGCGAUGGGGAUGCGGAGAGGGUUAGGAGUAUGAUGAUGGAAAGAGGGCUUGGUGUGUAG